AAUUCGACCUCAGCUCGCGACGAGAGGCAAGUUGUUGUUGCCUGCUGCUCCUUGCUCGCAAUGUUUCCUCUCAUCUUGGCAGUGCUCUCCACCCUGACUACAGCAGCAUCCACUCAUCCACACCCACUCGACCCCCUCUCUCCCGCAGAGCUCAUCGCCGUUCGUACGGCCGUGCUCGCCUCACCGCUCGUCCGCGCCCGCCCGCUCACCUUCCACUACGUCGGUCUGGACGAGCCUGACAAGACGGACGUCCUAUCCUACGCCGAGGCACGCUCUUCCUCUUCCCGCGCUGCCCUGCCGCGCCACGCGUUCGUCAUCACCCGUGCCGGCGGCCAGUCGCACGAGCUCCGUGUCGACAUCACCGACACCAAUGCGGCCACCGUUCUCUCGCACUCCGUCCACCACGGUGCGGGGUUUCCGAUUCACACGUCGGAAGAGCAGUUCGCGGCGGAGGCGCUGCCGUUCAGGCACGCACCGUUCGUGGAGUCCAUGCGCCGGCGUGGCUUGGACAUGGACGACGUCCUCUGCCCCGUCUCCACCGUCGGGUGGUUCGGCGACACCGGUCCCUCGGAGUGGGAUGGGAAGGUGCAGAAAAGGGUGGUGAAGCUUGUGUGUUUCGUUGCUGGCGCGACGCCCAACUUCUACGCGCGGCCGGUCGAGGGCGUGACGCUAGUGGUGGACCUCGACCGGAUGGCUAUUGUCGAGUACAAGGACAGGGUGGUCUACCCGGUGCCCAAGGCCGAGGGGACGGACUACCGGACCGCCAAGGUUUAUACGGCGGCUCCCGGCGUGGCGUUGCAGCCGGAGGGCAGGGGCUUCCACAUUGACGGCCACUUGGUCAGGUGGGCAAACUGGGAGUUUCAUGUGGGCUUUGACAUGCGCGCCGGCAUAGUCAUCUCACUAGCCUCAAUCCACGACGCGGAGGCCGGCGCGCGGCGGCGGGUGCUCUACCGCGGGUUUGUGUCAGAAAUCUUCGUGCCGUACAUGGACCCAGCAGAGGAGUGGUACGACCGCACGUUCAUGGAUGCCGGCGAGUACGGCCUGGGGGUCACGACCUUCCCUCUCCAGCCUGGAGCCGACUGCCCGGCCAACGCCGCCUACCUCGACGGCUACUACGCCGGCCAGGACGGCAAGCCCGUCGAGAACAAGAACAUGAUCUGUGUCUUCGAGCGGUAUGCCGGCGACAUCGCAUGGCGCCACACCGAGGCCGGCUUCGCCGACCGACUGAUCACGGAGACCCGGCCUGACGCGAGCUUGGUGGCGAGGAUGGUGGUGUCCAGCGGGAACUACGACUACAUAUUGGACUGGGAAUUCAAGCCAAGCGGCUCCAUUAAAUUCGUGGUAUCUAUGACAGGUCUCUUAGAGGUGAAAGGGACGGACUACACGCACGCUGACCAGAUCAAGCAGGACGCGCACGGCACGCUGCUCGCGGAGAACACCAUUGGCGUCUACCAUGACCAUUACGUCACUUACUACCUGGACCUCGACGUGGACGGCACCAACAACUCAUUCGUCAAGAACGUCAUCACCACCAAGCGCAACACCAACACCAACACGCCACGGAAAAGCUACUGGACUGUGCGCCGGGAGGUGGCCGAGACCGAGGCAGAUGCGCAGGUGGACGUGAACGUGGCGGCGGCGGACCUUCUGAUCGUCAACCCGAACAAGAAAACCAGGAUGGGCAACGAGGUCGGGUACCGUGUCGCCGUUGGUGGCGCGACGGCGGCAUCGGUGCUGGACGACGACGACUACCCACAGCGGCGAGCGAGCUAUAGCAAGAAGCAGGUGUGGGUGACGCCGUACAAGAGGGACGAGAAGUGGGCGACCGGGCUGUACGCCGACCAGAGCACCGGCGACGACGGCCUGGCCGUGUGGAGCGGGAGGAACAGGGGGGUACGGAACGAGGACAUCGUGCUGUGGUACACGGUGGGCAUCCACCACAUACCGUGCCAGGAUGACUUCCCAAUCAUGCCGAAGGUGAGCGGCUGGUUCGAGGUCCGGCCGACGAACUUCUUCGAACAGAACCCUUUGCUCAAAACCAGACCGCCUAGGCCUGGGUCUGACCUGCCGACUUCUGUUAAUUGCUCUUGCGCCGGCUAUUUCAGCUGAUGUGUCGUGCGACUCAGGUUGGCACCCACCCUACAAUAAAUUGACUUCCCCAAGCGGUGGAAUUUGGCAAUAAAGAAUCUGAGUCAUCGUUGUCA